CCCAGCCAUCCACCCCGCCCGCAGGAGGAGGACCAUCCUAUUCCUAGCAGCUAGCUACGCGGCACACUUGCACUUCGUCGUCCCCAGCAAUCGAGAAUCUUUCGCAGAUCGACCGAUCCACCGGCCGGUGCAGCCAGCCCCCCAGUUAAUUCAGGGCUGCACUAGUAGCAUCAACCACUAGCUUGAUAGCAACUAGCAACAUAAACCAGCAAGGGCACUGCGAUUCGCAGCACAACUCGCAAGUUGGGAUCGAGUCUUGGUUGCCGGCCGGAGGCAGCGGCAACGUGCAGUACAUGGACGCCUUCGGCUGGAGCACGCAGCCUCCUGUGACGACCGUGCCCAGCUGCCCGACCGACGACGCCCUCCUCGCCGCCUUCCUGGGCGCGGGCAGCUUUGAGGAGCUCCACUCCGCCGGCGCUGGCGAUGGCACCGUGUGCUCAGACGCCUACCACGGCGGCCUUGACCUGCCGUCGUGCCAGAGCGACCUCAGCCUCCUGCGCUGCCAGGACGGCGUUGCGCUUCCCGGCCACGGCGACGCGUCGUCCAACGUCUUUCUUGGCUCGGCGGGUGGUUUCCUACCGGCCAUCGCCGGCCAGCACGACGGGCUCCAUGACAGGUUCGCGUUCGUCCCUGAUGAUCCCGCGCAGGCUGCCGGCUCCCACACCGCCUUCUCCGGUUACAGCACCACCACCGGCGGCGGCGGCGGGAACGUCUCCUCCGGCGAGUCCAACACGUACGGCGGUGGCGGGCACGAGACGGAGGUGGCGUCGCCGCCGUGCGCCGUGUCGCGGCGGGCUCAACAGAUUAGCCAGGUGGCCCCGCCUCCGACGAAAAGGAACAAGAUGCCGGACGAGCACCCGGCAGUUGGCGUGACUUCGACGACGACGACGACGGUGGAGGCCAGAGAACGGUGGGGCACGAACCGGGCCGCCGCACCGACGACCAGCAUCACGUUCGGGCACAGCGGCGGCCGGCGCGGGUACGAGCCGGACACGGAGGCGAUAGCGCAGGUGAAGGAGAUGAUCUACCGCGCGGCGGCGAUGCGCCCCUUGCCCAGCCUGACCGCCGCCGCCGCCGGAGAGCCGCCGCAUGAGCCGUCGUCGUCGAAGCCGCGGCGGCGUAAGAACGUGCGGAUAUCGAGCGACCCGCAGACGGUGGCGGCGCGGCUGCGGCGGGAGAAGGUGAGCGAGCGGCUGCGCGCGCUGCAGAGGCUGGUGCCGGGAGGGAGCAAGAUGGACACGGCGUCCAUGCUCGACGAGGCGGCCAGCUACCUCAAGUUCCUCAAGUCGCAGGUCGCCGCCCUGGAAAGCCUGGGCGGGGGCGGCGUCGGCCGCGACGACGACGGCCGGUACUCGUCGCUGCGGCGGUACACGGGAAGGAAUUUCAACCCUUUAUCCCGUGGUAUCGGCGGCGGCGGCGGCACCAUGCUCGCGUUCGGAAGAGACGGCGUCGCUGGCUACGUGAAAUCCAGUAGGAACAAGAACAUGCAGUUGUAACAAGAACACAAGUUGCUGUGUUGAUGUCACUGUGGUGACAUGAGAUCGAAGUAUAUCCAUCGAGAUGCCUCGAUCGAUCUGGCGUUUUCAUGAAGGAUGGAUUGAUUUGAUGGUAAAGUGUUCAGAUUUACCAUACGUUGACAGGAAUAAAAAUGUGUGAUUUGUACAUUUGGGAACUGUUGGAAAGCACUUUAACUUGCAAUCAUGGAUGAAUUCCAGGAAUAAAAAUGUGUGAUUUGUACACUUGGGAA